AUGGGUCCGCGGGCGCAGAUGAAGCAGUACGGCUACGAGGACCUCGAAGCCGGCGACGGCCAAGACGUCCCGCUUACCGAGCUCGGCGUUCUCAUCAAGCCAUACUUUUGGCCCAAGGACAGCUGGGCACUGCGCUUGCGGGCAAUCGUAUCCGUCUCGCUUGUCGGCGCGUCGCGCGCCUUUCGCGUCCUCGCGCCACUGUACCUCAAGCAGGCGACGAACGAGCUCAUUGCGACCGCCGAGGUCCCGGUUGUCGCCAUCGCGACCUACGUCGGGUUCCUCUUCCUCUCCAACAGCUCCAAGCAGCUGCAGACGUUUCUCUAUUUGCGCGUGAUGCAGAACGCGUACAAGGAGGUGUCGGCCAAGGUCUUUGCCCAUCUGCAUGCCAUGUCGAUGCAUUUCCAUUUGACCAAGAAGACGGGCAAGGUCAUGCGGGUCCUGGACCGUGGCAUUGACAGCACCGACUCGGUCGUGAACGUGCUCUUCUUCCGCCUCGUGCCCACGAUCCUCGAGGUGAUUGCGGUCGGUGGUAUCUUCUUUUUUGCGUUCCACGAGCAGCUCCUGACGCUGGUCAUUGGGGUGAGCGUAGUCGUCUACGUCACGGUGACGGUCCUGGGCACCCAGGUCCGCCUCCGGUUCAAGAAAGCCAGCAACAAGCACGACAAUGACGCCAACGAAAAAGCCGUCGACAGUCUUACCAACUUUGAGACGGUCAAGUACCUCGGCAGCAUUGCGUCCUUCCAGCAGUCGGCGUUUCUGACGCGAGGCCUCACCAACUCGAUCAACGUGGCGCAGCAGCUCAUUCAGGGCAUCUGCUUGCUGCUCUGCCUCCUCAUCGCCGCCGCCAAGAUCAAGCAAGGAACCCUCACGGUUGGCGAUUUCGUGGCCGUUGGCAGCUACAUCACCCAGAUCUUCAAGCCCCUCGACUCACUCGGUGCGAUCUACAAUACAAUCAUGCAGUCGAUUGUCGACAUGUCCAACUUGGUCGAGAUUCUCCUCGUGGAACCCGACAUCCAGGACAUGCCCGGUGCCAAGGCGCUGGUGCUGGCGCCACGCCAAAGCGCCGUGACGUUCGAGCACGUGGGGUUCUCGUACCCCGGGCAGCCAUACGCCAACGGUCUCAAGGACAUCAAUCUGACGAUUGCCCCGGGGCACACACUCGCGGUGGUGGGCGCGACGGGCGCUGGCAAGAGCACGCUGAGCCGAUUGCUCUUCCGCUUUUACGACGUGACGUCCGGACGUAUUCUGAUCGACGGACAAGACGCGGCCAAGGUGACGCAGACGUCAUUACGUCAAGCGAUCGGUAUCGUGCCCCAAGACGCCGUCAUGUUCAACGACACCAUCUUGUACAACAUUCAAUAUGGCCGUCACGACGCAACCGAAGCCGACGUCCUCGAGGCAGCCAAGUCGGCCAAGCUCUACGACUUUGUCAUGACGCUGCCCUUGGGCUUUCAGACCCGCGUCGGCGAGCGCGGACUCAAGCUCUCCGGUGGUGAGAAGCAGCGCGUCGCGAUUGCGCGGGCGAUUCUCAAGAACCCUCGCGUCAUGAUCCUCGACGAGGCAACGUCAGCACUCGACACGCGGACCGAGCGCAGCAUUUACCAGUCGCUUGUCGAGAUCUGCGCCAACCGAACGACGCUCGUGAUUGCGCACCGCCUCUCGACGAUCCAGCACGCUGAGCAAAUCGUCGUCCUCGACCGCGGUCAAGUGGUCGAAGUAGGCGCGCAUGACGUGCUAAUGCAACAACAAGGCGCGUAUGCGUCAAUGUGGCGCCAUCAGUCAGCGCUGCCGGCCGCAGAGUCGACCGACAAUGUUGUCGACGAGUAA